AUGGACAUCGAUGAGUUUGACAACUUAUCCGAAAUAUUUGAUUUCGAAGAGGACAUGAUGAGUGAUGGAACAUUUACUGAUAUGAUUAAAGAUAACGACGCGGAAAAACGUGAACUCGAUAGAGAUAGAUUGAAUUCGUUAACCUUUUCAAGUGACCUCGAAUUCUUGACCGAUGUAACUUCGGAUUUUAGUGAUAGCAAUAGUAAAUUGCCGGACGGAAGGUGUCUUUUAGAAAAAACUCAAAAUUCAAUUGCACUUGAUGGUGACAAUGAGAAGGAAAGUCGCAACCGAUUUUUUUCAGAGAAAAAGAAACCCGAAGUUUCGAGAAAAAUGCUGACCCCUAUCGUAUUUGAAGACGAUGAAGAUGAACAAGGAAAUCACGGGAGGAGCCUUUCAGAAGAAAGUGACAUACCUCUUGGGUUUGUGAAUCUCGAAAAAGUGAACUCAGACGGCAGCAUAUUCUCUCACAUAACCACCAAAGCCUUUAAUCCUCCCAAUAGGAGCGUAUUUUCGCGGGUAAAUUUUAAGAACGAAAACAAUACCAACUGCAACGUGUUUUCACGCGUUUAUCUCAAGGACAAACGGAUUGCUGCUCACUGUGGUGUGAUGUCUCGUGUAAGUUACAAGGCCAAUUUAUCUGAACCAUUGAACGGAAACGCUGGCGUAGGGCAUGCAUCUCUAUCAUGUUCCGAAUUCCCAACAGAGAUCGUCAAUAAAAAGUUCACGAUCAAACCAUUAAUGUCAUCACAAAGCGUCUCCAAGAAAAGUCCCGAAGAAAAGAAAACGGCUAUCUUGCAUCUCCAAGAACUGAAAAUUGGGAGCUUCACCAAUAAUUUUCCAUGUGCAAUUGAAUUGAAUCCUAAUGAGCAUACAGUGAACUUUAUAAAUCUGCAAGCUAACGGAAUCCAAACUGAAGGGCCUCAUCGUCUUAAUAUUCACAUCAAAGGAGUCGAGAAUUACGUAAGAGACGGAUAUGAGAUUGAGAUAGGAUUGAAGAAGAAAAUCCGAAAAUGGAUCAUACCUGUACGAAACGUAAUAAACAUCGAUGAAGUUACACUUUCGAUUGAUCCAACUGACGGCAUCAUUAACAAAGCGGAGUCGAUCAACAUGGUUGUUUCGGAUCGAGAGGGUCCCGAUAAUCUUAAAUAUUGGGAUAAUAUGUUUAGGGAAAUACAGAAUUUGUCUGUUGAACCUAUCACGAUAACGGAUUUGCCCAUUAUGAAGGUUCCAAUCCGCAUAAAUUAUGAGAAGAAACGAAUUCCUUGUCAGUUUCUAUCAAAUAUUUCAUUAAAAGAUUUCCUUCAGCUAAUGCGACAAAAGUGCAAUGAUCAGACUAUUUGUCAACCAUUCUCGUGUGCCAUGAACGGAAUUAACGGAAUUUUGGGGGUUUAUGAUGAGAGAGAUUGGGAAGCAUGUAAGAUGAUGAUGACGGAGAAUUGGGAUGAAUUCAAUGUGAAAGAUAAAUAUGAGAUAACACUUGAA